AUGACUCCUAUUCCCUUAGUAAGAAAAAACUCAAAUUCUGAGACUGAUUCAGAUGUCCGUCUUGAAACAACUCAACCAAUUCGCAAUGAGGAGGAAAUCCCGAUUUGCAAUGAGGAGGCAGAGACAGUUCACAAUCAAGAGCGUCUGAUUCAUAAUGAAGAAGAUACUACGAACCGAGAGGAACUUCAAUUUGUUCAUGACUCAGUUCCUUCUCCUCCUUCUCCAAAACCAACCACCAUUCCCAUUACUAUUGCUCCCUAUCUACCCCCUGUUAUCUCAUCUCAACCUACAAUAGUUCCCAUUUCAACACCAAUCUUAACCACUUCAACUACCAAUCUCAUUACUUCAACGAUUCCUGAUGUUACGAUCGACGUACCAGAUACAAGGGCCACAAAUUCAAUGUUCACUACCUCUGUUUCUUCAUCUGUUUCUCCUAUUCUUAAUAAUGAUCCAUAA